UUACUUAUUUUAUUUUUCAAAAUAUUCCUAUAAAAAUAGAAUAUAGGGUAAUUAAUUAAGUGUAAUUUACAAAAUAAUUAAUUAUUCCAUUAGGGAGAUUGUUGAUAAUAUUUUUUCAAAAAUACGAAUCAAAAAGCACGAUUAUUAAAGAGGUUAUGGCAGUACUUUGACAUUUUGACAGUUUUGUCAGCAAUGUCAAGUCAGCUGUUCGACCUUUUUAGUAAAUAUCUCUGUCAAACGAGUUUUUAUGAGUGGUAAUUGAGAAAAGAAUUGCAAUAAUGUGCAAUUUCUUGACAAGAAUCGUGACAUUAAACAAUAAGGCGAAACUUGCCGAAAUUUGCAACUUAAAAACAAACGACAAUAAAUUUCAAGCUCAGGAGGAAUUGGAAACAGAAUAUAGUCAAUAAAGUGAAACCUUUAUUUAAAAACAUUGUUUUUUUUAAUAAAAACAUAAAUUUUCAUCCGAAGUUCCUCAAAGAUGCGAUUUGUUCUCAGCCAAUUUACUGACUUAUAGAAAAAACUAAAUAUUUUUUCUAAAAAUGGUUCGAGUUAUUCCUGUGCACAAUUUUCAAGAGCAAAAUGUCGCACAAAUUGAAGAGCCCACAGCAACAUGCGUGGCUCAUUCAUCAAGCAAUGAAUUACUACUUUUGGCAUUGCAAAGUCAUUGCAUUGAAGUUCACGAUUUAACAACACCAGAUUUAAAAUUGGUCACUAUAUUUCCAACAGUUGACUUGGCUCGUCAAUUGAUUCACUGUUCAAAAGGAGAUUAUGUGGCUGCAUUAGAAUCAAAAUGCUCGAGAGAUGGCGAAUCAGACAAUAAAUUUGUUAGGGUUUAUGUGAAUUGGACGACAAAUGAUCAGAGUCAAGCGAUGAGAGCCAGAAUAGCUGGCAGAGUAACUCCUAGUUUAAAUCGACCAAUGAAUAGCUUGGAAAUGAUCGAAUUACCCUUGAAUUUACAGCCAGUAAUUAUUGCAUGUUGUCAAGCAACUGGCAAUUUACUUGUCGCUGGAAGAACAACUGCUAUUUUACAUGAAUUUAAAAUUGAAACUCUACAACCAACAAAAUUGAAAUUUAUUGACUUUGAACCAAGACCCUGGGCUCUAAGUCUCUCUUUUACUCCAACUCACAUGGAAAUUGUUGAAGAUUUCGUCUCAGUUAUGGAUAGUUCGCAUUUUCUCAUUUUCCGACUAACGAAUCCUCUCUACGAGGAUAUUGAUCAUCUCAGUUCCUUAACUUCAGACAAUUCAUGCUCGAAGUCAACUCAAUCGACAAAUCGAUCAGAUUUUGAUAAUUCAAUAUCCACUGAGACUCCCAGCAAAGUUAUUCAAAAUGGCAAUGAUUUAAAUAGCAAACUAACUGAACAUGACAAGAAUUUCUUUAAUUCACAAACAAAUCGAAAUUUUAAUUCAAAUUGGCUUCAAGCUGUAAAAUCAAGAGCUAUUGAUGGCAAAUUUAUCGACUGGGAUCGUUUGAUUCAUAACGAACGAGAAGAAAUAAAUUCCCUUAUUCGUCAAGAAUUAAUUAGUUCAGCCUCUGAACCAUUUACAGUUAAUUUCCCAUCUAUAAGCUUAGAACGAGCGGGUCCAGGUCAUACUUUAAGUCCUUUUAUUUUAAAUUCUCCAGAUACAGAAGUUUUCAUUAAAACUUCAUCACCUGACAGUGGAUGGUCAGAAAAUUUUGCCGUUAAAAGUGUUUUGAGACUGGAAAUAGCUAAGGAAUCAUUUUCCAGUAGAGAUUAUUUUUCAGCAUCAAUUUUAAAGCCUCUUUAUCUUGAAACAAAGCAAAAUAAUUCUUUAAAAAAAUGUAUUUUAAAAUCAGAUAGAUAUAAAUAUUUACAUGGAAUAACUUGUUUAAUUUGUACAUCUCAAGAGGGUUAUAUUUAUCAUUUUACUGCUGAUAAUUUAGAAGAAUUUAAUCCCACUUGUCUGACAACUUACACUUUCACUGCUCCUGUAACACACGUUGCUCUUGAGCAUACAGUUUUACACGCACUCACCGAAGCUGGUCUUGAAUCUUAUACAUUGAGAAUUUCUCAUCAUGUGGCAAAAACUUUUAUCAAUACAUCUGAAUCGGAGGAAAUUUGUCCUGACGUUACUGAACCUGUUUGUUUGAUAGGUCUACGACCAUUUUUGGGAAUUGAGACAAUACUCAGUUCGAAAAAAAGUAUUGUUCUUUUAGCAAAAGCUGAGAAUUCAUGGACACUUUAUUCUUUGAAACUUCCAAAACCAGAAGAAAUAUAUAUUGAUAUAUUGAAUGCAGCGAGAAAUCAUAAAUCUUCGAGUCCAACGACUUAUCGACAUUUAUUGGAGGAGGCACAUGCGAUUGUUCGAUUAGCAAAAGAUGUCAUUCAAUUUGAUACUGAAGAUCUACAAGUUUUUCAAUCAAAUUCAAGAGACAAAACAUUGAAUGAUCUUUACGAUCAGUCUUGUAUGCUUCUUGGGGAUUAUUAUAUUGAAUCGGAUUCUGAAUUAGAUUGGCGAUUUUCCAUUCCUUAUUACAAAAUGUCUGGUUUAAAAGUGAAUCAAGUUCUUUCGAGGAAAUCGGCUAAGAAUGCACCAGGAUUGGUUUUGUUUUUAACGGAAACAUUGUUGUCAAUGAAAAGUGGAAUAGAGGCUGAUGAACUUUUUCAAAGUCAUAAUAUUGUCGAUAUCAUUGGAGCUGAGACAAAGGAGGGAUUAUUAAAAUUGAUUCUUGGUAGUAGUGUCUUGCAAGAAUAUGCAACGGAGAAAUUAAUAAAGCUUUUAGAAUCUCAGGAUUAUGAUGAUUAUAAUCGUUUAGCUUUGAUAUUAUUGUACACUGAAGCUGGAAAGGACGAACAAAUUGAACAAGUUAUGGAACCCGUUUCAGGGGUAUUUAUCGAACAAAUGAUUCUCGAAUAUCCUCAUCUUCUAUUUGAUGAUUCGAAUCUAAAUAUAAAAAAAUCGGAAAUUCUUUCGUUUUCCAAUUUCUCAGGAGCCUUAAUGCGUUGGAAAUCAAAUGUUUUUGCUGAAAUUUUAACUCAAUUGAUUAAUGAUGAUACACUCACUUUGUAUCAAAUUAUGCAAGUUUUUUUGGAAUAUUUACCAUCGAGAGUUGGUCGUGAUGGACACGAUGCUGCGGCUGCUUUACAAUUUUUCAUUGAAAUUUAUUUAAGGAAAUAUUUUAAAAUCCAUGGAAUUAAUGAGAAAAAGAAAGGAAUUUACGAUUUUGCUACUGUAGAGGCUUUUAAAAUAUUAGUUCGUUCUUAUUUAGGAAGACUGAUUCAAUCAAAAAUUUAUAAUUCAAUGGACGAAAAAAAGAAACAACUUGCUGAUGAAAUUCAUCUUUUUGCUAAUAAAAGACCUGCGUAUUUAAAUAAAAUGCCACCAUGCUCGAAAAAUUAUGGAUUGGAUUUAAAAAUUGAAAUAAUUGAUGAACUUGCUGAUAGUGAAAUUGAUAGAAAUGUACGCUGUGAAAUAUUAAAACUUCAAGCUUUAAUAGCCAGUGGUUAUUUGCCUUUGGAAUGUUUACAGGAAAUUUUACAAUUUUUAGAAACUGAAGAAAUUGAGGGUAGUUUGUCAUUAAAAAGUUUAUGUAAUCAAAAUAUUGAGAUGGUUACCAAAUUAUUGUUAGAACAAUGUCCACAGGUUAUUUUAUUUUAUGCCAAGGAUAAAUAUACCAAAGAAAAUGAGUGGAAAUUAUUAAUUGAAAUGUUACAAGAUAGAAUUUUAUUAUUAAAAACUAAUCAGGGAUUGACAAGUUUUUUCGAGCAAACAUUAAUAGAUACAUUGACUCAUGUAGCAAAAACUUUACCUCUUCAAGCUUUACACAAUAUUUUACCAAAGGAUGAUCGUGAAUCUUAUGAGCAUUAUAUGCAAAUUCAUAGUCAAAUUCUACGAGCAGAUCGUAUCAAGUCAGUGAUGAUGAAAACUGGUAAUCAAUUUUUAUCAAAACUAAAUUUAUAGAGUUAAUUAUCGAAUAAUAAUUUCUGUUUUGAGAUAAAGAGGGAAACAUUUAAAAACAAUUUUUGAGAAUAUUUUACUGUUGAAAUAUUGUUCGUUAUGUCUAAUAAAUAAUUAUUGUAAUUCUAUAGUAGAUGUACCUGUAAAAUGUUUAUUGCUUGAUUUUCAUAUUUAUGUGGUAGAAUUUAUAAUGUUAAAAUAAAAGUAAAUUCUAAUAAAAUAGUAAUUUCAGUUUCAAUUAAGUGCAAACUUUAAAGUAAAUUAUUUUCAAUUUAAACAGAUUUAAAAAAUUUAGUUAUUAGUUAUUUCUACAAAUUUCCUGGUAAAUCUAGAUUAAAGAAACAAAUUUAAAUGACCAGGUUUUAAUGAAUUUUAAAAAAAUAUAUAGCACAACUAUUCAAAAUAAUAUGUAUGUGUGUGUACGUGUGAUAAUAGGAAAUAAUCUAUAUUAAAGAUAUUUAUUAGUUGAGACUAAUAAACAUUUCCUGUUUUCGAUGUUGAUUUUGUAAAUCUAUUUACCAACUAUUUAUACAAUUUUCAAGUAAUUUACAAUAUCUAUAGAAUUUUAUCAAAUUGUUAAAAAAAAAAGAUAUAUCAAUAUUGAUUUCUGAUGAUCAACGAUUGAUUGAUCAACGAUUUCUGAUUGUUGAUUUAUUAAACUAUUUGUGCAAUCAAAGAAUAUAAUUGAAGAAUUCCAAAGAAAAGUAAUAAAUUAAUUUUAAGGAGAAAAUUUAUUUCUAUUUAUUUAUUUAAUGUCAUUGUACGAACAAUGUACAUUUUUAUUGUACAUUUUAAAGAAUUCUUUUUAAAGAAAAUGAGGUCAAUUUUGACUUAUCAAAGAUUAAUUUUAGUCAAGGCUAAAAUUAAGAGUUUAACAAAAAUUUGUCGUUCCUUAAAUAGUUGCCAAUUUUUUUAUAUAUCUUUCAAUCAAUCUGAAAUCAUUUUAUAAAAAAACGUUGAUCUAACUUAAUUUACGAAGAAAUCUACUGGAAAAAUUUUUUGUCUUUAUAAAUCUAUGUAUAUUUAUACAAUUUUACCUAAAAAUCAUUUAUAUUAAAUGCUUAUUUAACUGUGUCACUGCGUUAUAGUGUACUUGCGUUAUUUUUUGUUAUAAAACAAUUAUAUAUGUAUGUAUUGUUUUUAAUUAAUAGAAUGAAUUUUUACUUUUUUAGCUUUUCAUAUCUUUUAUACUUUCCGAUUCUAUCGGUGACUAUAAUCAUAAUCAAAUGUAUUAUUGUUGAAAAAGAAAAAUAAAGAUUCUAUUCGCAGCAGAAA